CCCUGGCCGUUAGUCCGACCGGCAAUCUCGCCACGCCGUGUCGCCUCGUUUAAGGUUCGGUUGUACGUGACACGCGACGUAUCGAGGGAUUUCGAGAGACUUCGGGGGGCGAGAAUUCCAAAAGCGACCGUGAAACGAGGGACGAAGAGAAUCGUGAGUGAAUUCGUCCCUCGCACGACGGAGGCUUUUGGCAUCUCGUACACGGUGUAUUACAGGUGCUUCUGUAAUGCCCCUGUUUGUAAGGACAUCACGUUUGCGAGGGACAGAGAGACAAGGAGAGAAGGAGACGGUUCUUGAAGAAGAAGGUGCGAUGAUGCCCGAGCUUCUGGCUGAAAUGUGUUCUAUCAUUGAUCGAGAAUAUAGAUCGACCGACGUGGCGAAGGUCGCUCUCGACUUAUCGAACCUCCUUAACGAAAUAUUCAUUUUAUAAAACUUGACAAAAUCGGUGGUACACAGGGUGAUCUAAUUUCCGACAUCUCGACAUAUUUUUAGCAUCGAAUAAGUAGUAUGGAUAAAAUCGUCAUGGAAAAAUCCAAAGAGUUUUGAUCCUUGUAGUCGUGUCGUUUUGUUAAUCGUCGAUAUCUUUAAGGAGGAGCAUUUCGAUGACGUCGUGAGUGCCGAACGUCCAAGAUAUCAACGACUGGAAUAUUUAACGUAACGGUGACACGAGGAUCGAUCGAUCUUUGAUUGCAAAAUCACCGGGGCUGUCGUUCCGCCUCAGUGACGCUCAUGAUUCUCUAUCGGCGACCAUCGACGAUGGAAUGAAUGUCUAUCAUCGUGAAAAUAAAUUCCAGUGCUAAAAAACUGGAUCGAUGAUGCUAGUCAGUCGAGAGGUGAGAGCGGUGCCGUGAGGGCGGUAGUGAGGAGAGAAAAGGAGAAAGAGAGAGUGGGUGUGAGUGGAAAGACACAGAAAGAGGGAACAAGAACGAUGAUGGGAUAUAAAAGUUUGUCUACCCCUUCGUAAUACCAAGGAAUAUCAAGUUUGCUCGCUGUAUGUAUGACCUUUCGUUCGCACACCGUUAAUCGACGCACGCGACAUUUCAACGAGCCGAAUAAUAUAAUUAUAAUAAGUUUGCUACAACGGAAACAGAGUUCGAACAAUCAAUGAGCGUAAUUUCGAAAUAAUCUCGCAAUAUACGAGAGCAGUGAUUAAUUUUUCAUUCGAUUCAACAUCGAUCAGCGGCAAAUGUCAAAAUUGACAGAUGGUCGCACAUUUCUACGAAAUUUACAUCGUAACAUUACAUAUGGACGCAUUUUGAACUCGUUUUGAAAUAAACUUUCUCUUCUCGUGCUUCACGUCAGAUCAAAGAUUAUGUCUUCUUUCCAGCUUUAACAAAUAUAUCUCGUAAUCUUUGGUAUCAUCAUCUUUGAAGAUUCAAUCAAAUAAUUUUAAGGAACUUUUGAAAACUCCGGCAACAAUCUCUUGUAACAUUAGCGGCAAAGAUACUUAGGAUGGGCUGCAAAUCGGCAGCUAAGUUUAAUCUGGAUAAAGAGACGAUCGCGUCGUCGUCGUCGUUAUCAUCAUUAUUCUUUCUAAAGUGCAAGAAGGUGAUUCAGGAACAAGGAGAGGAACGUGGCGUCGAGUCCGAUCUGGACGACGGGGAAGAAGGGGAAGAAGGUAAUAACUCAACCAACAAUCAAGUCAUUUCAUUUGAAAGAUCGUAUCCGUUAAGAGAUAAUAGCGGAAUGUCCAUCAAGGUGGACAACAGCGUGGUCAGGUAGCUAUCAGGCUAGAGAAUGCAGAGAUUGCGCUCAACUUUCAAGAGGUCGCGUACUCCCACGGGAGCGGAAAUGAAGUCUCAAUCUAGCCUCGAGGUGCCCAAGCAAAUCAGGUCGGCCUCCUUCGACGAGAUACAGUUACAAGCGAAGGGAUUGGACGAUCGUACAAACUCCUCAUCGUCCUCCACGUGUUCCUCCGCGAGAUCGCAGGACUCGACUCGCGUUAGGAGAGGCUCGUCCACCCUCAAAGUGCCGCAGCUGCAGACCGGCCAACGAUCCAAGAGCUUCGACGCUUAUUCCGGAAGUUCCGGAUCGUUUCCCGGCCAACAGUUACUGCCCGGUGGAAUAGAGCGACCGGAAACGCCGAUCAUCCAAGUCUCCGGAUGUUACCAUUGUGCCUGCGUCGAGGAGUACAGGAGCCUCUGGCUGGCCGAAGACCUUUCCAAGGAAGAGGCCGAUGCCGAGGAUCUCCACGAGGCUGACAGCGGUAAUUCGGAUCUGUCGGAAAACGAGUCGGAUCACGAGGACGAGUCUAACAUAAGAGACGGUAGCCCGGAGAUCAGAGUUAUCCUCACGCCCGACGACGUGCCGACGAGCGAGCCGCGAUGUGUCUCGCCCAUAGUCGAGAUUGUGCCCGAAUUAGAUUCCGAAAUAAAGGUGCCGGAAUUUUCGGAGCAACGGCAGCGCAGACGAUCGCUCGCCUCGCCGAGGCUAUCCAGGCAGGAGGCUCUCACCAGCUUUCCCGUCGAACCACCCACCGUGCCGGUGGAGGCGACGAUUAGAACGACCGUCGCGGUGGACGAUGACGACGACGACGACGACGAGAACGACAUCGAGACGAGCUCCAAGUCCAAGCUUGUCGUGCGAGAUAUAUUUCUGACCGUGCCGGAACUGAAGCGAGAUCGCGCAGCCUCCGUGGACUCGUGUUUUAAUAACAAUAAAAAUGGAGGCGUCAGCGAUGCGGAUUUAUUGGCGGUGCCGCAACAGAAUAUCAGGUCAAAGAGCGUCGACAUCGUUCUGCCGACGGAUGUUCGCACGAGGUAUACGGCUCUGCUACCCGGAAAGGAAUCGCGACUUCCGAUAGGAGGGAGAGAAGAGAGUGGAGAAGACAAAGAAGGAGGCUCGAGUGGUCAACGUGAGCCUCGAUCUACGCCAGAUUGGGGUCCAAAUGCAUUCAACGGGGAACAUCUUUGGGUACCGACCGCUACUUCCGGUGAAUUUUGUUACGUCAACGAUUGUUCCAAACACGGACCCAGGUUGAAAUGUCCCGCUUGCCGUGUGGUAACCCACGCCUGCUGCGUCGCAAGUUUGGAGUUCGCGUGCAAGCCGAGCUUUCGCGACGUGGGCGUGCGUCAGUAUCGCGAGCAAACAACAACCCAUCAUCACUGGGUUCAUCGACGAUAUCAAAAGGGUAAAUGUGUCAAUUGCGGCAAAUCUUUCCAAUCGAAGCUCAGCUUCAGCUCGAGAGAAAUCGUGGCGGUGAGUUGCAGCUGGUGCAAGAUCGCUUAUCACAACAAGGAAGCGUGUUUCAACGUUCAAAAGAUAGGUGAGAAUUGCGAAUUGGGCACUCACGCGUCCAUCAUAGUGCCGCCUUCAUGGAUCGUCAAACUUCCGCGAAAGGGAAGCUUCAAGAGCAGUCUGAGAAGAUCGCCCAGGAAGAAAAAAUCUGGCGGUGGCAGCGGCGGAUCUUCCGCACGUAGGAAAAACAAGGAUAAGGAGAAGGAGGAGAGGGAGAAAGAGAAGAAUCAAGGAGAGCUGUGGGUUGUUAAACCCAUUCCCACGGCCACGGUAAAGCCCGUUCUAGUCUUCAUUAAUCCGAAAUCCGGCGGUAAUCAGGGCGCAAAGUUGCUGCAAAAGUUUCAAUGGUUGCUCAAUCCGAGACAGGUUUUCGAUCUGACGCAGGGUGGUCCGAAAAUGGGACUGGAACUCUUCAAGAAAGUUCCAAAUUUGCGUGUUUUGGCUUGCGGAGGUGAUGGUACGGUCGGUUGGGUUCUAUCGAUCCUGGAUCAGAUAGGUGCGUAUCCAGCUCCUGCGGUCGGAGUACUUCCUCUAGGCACCGGGAAUGAUCUGGCGAGAGCGCUAGGAUGGGGAGGCGGUUACAAGGAUGAACCAAUCGGAAAGAUCUUGACGAGUAUAGGUGACAGCGAGACCACUCUACUUGACAGAUGGCAAUUGAAGGUUGAGAGAAACGACAUCAAGAACGACGACGAUGGGGGCAAGGGCAAGGAGAAUCUGCCGCUUAACGUUGUUAAUAAUUAUUUCUCUCUCGGCGUGGAUGCUCACAUUGCUCUCGAGUUUCACGAAGCCCGAGAGGCUCAUCCGGAGAAGUUUAACUCCAGAAUGCGAAACAAAUUAUUCUACGGACAGAUGGGCUGCAAGGAUUUAUUGCUCACAAAAUGGAAGGACCUCUCAGAUUUUGUGACAUUGGAAUGCGACGGUCAGGACAUGACACCGAAAUUGAAGGAGCAUCGAGUUCAUGCUAUAUUAUUUUUAAAUAUCGCCUCUUACGGCGGUGGAACACAUCCGUGGAGUGCGAGUAGCGGUACCAGGGAACCCGCCAUGGACGACGGUUUAAUCGAGGUAGUCGGCUUGACCACGUAUCAGCUGCCUCUUUUGCAAGCACGCGGACAUGGUACUUGUAUAGUACAAUGCAGCACAGCCAAACUGGUUACAACGAAAACUAUACCGAUGCAGGUCGACGGCGAAGCUUGUCGCCUUCUACCGUCUAUCAUAACUUUAAGUAUGUUAAACAAAGCUACAAUGUUAACGAAGAGAAGAAACGCGGGCAAACCUAAUCAGAAUAUCGCAAAAUUAGAGAGGCUAAAGCUGCCUGUGAUGAAGAUAAAGAUGUCGGAUUACGAAACGUACUAUCACGACAAGGAGAGAUUAAAAGAAGCGGCAGAGUUGUGGUUAGCGGAACCGCUUGAUCUCGAUGCUACAACCGAUCUGGAGGCUCUGAGAAAGCUCUUGGCGAAAGAUUAUAAUAUGGAUUCUUGCUGUUUUCUCGAUUCAUGCACCACGGAAAGAUUCUUCAGAAUUGAUCGCGGCCAGGAACAAUUACAUUACGUGACGGAUGUCGCCGUGGAAGCUGUCUACGUUCUCGACGAAGAUACCCUUCAACAACAAGAGGGUCAAACUGGACCCAGUCAAAUCAUCGCUGGUCAAGAAAUGGAAACCGCGCGAGUCAACUUGCCAAGCGAUGAACGUCUAAAGGAGAAGCUAGCUGUGACAGAGGAGCGAAGGACUUCGAACGUACCUAAAGACGAGAAACAAAGACGAUCUUCCAUCAUUCAGAAGACCAGACAUUUCGGGAGUAUCUCUUUCGAUAAAGAAUUCGACGAUCAAAAUGCCGCGGUCAGAUCAAAGAAUCCAGCGAGUCGAAACUCAUUGGAUGUGCCAUCGCCGAGCGAGGACGUAAACAUCGAGUCAAAUUCUCUUAUAAAUCGCGAGUCUCUCAAGCAAAACUCUCGUGUAAUUGCCCAUACAGAUCAAUCGCAGCAACAUCAACCUCUCGCUUUUAUCAGCCCUCGCGAUAGAUUGUUCAGUCUAAGCUCGGGGGUUCACAGAUUCAGCACUGAAUUGCUUGAGAAAAAUUGCGAUGACAUAUUAAGAGCGGCGAAAAUUGGCGAUCUCUCGGCAUUAAGACAACUUCAUCAAAAGGGAUACUCGCUUCUAUCGAUCGACGAAACUGGCCAAACGGCACUUCACUUGGCGUCAAAACAUGGUCACAAAGACAUCGUCAGAUAUCUCAUUGCCUGUGCCCCACCGACAAUUUUAAACAUGGUUGAUAAUGACAAAGGGCAAACCGCUUUACAUAAAGCAGCUCAGAACAAACGUCGUUCUAUUUGCUGUAUGCUCGUAGCCGGCGGAGCAUCUUUGAUAGUGAAAGAUCGACACGGCAAUACGCCGCAUCAACUAGCUCUGAUCGCGGAAGAUCAUGAUUUAGCGGCAUAUUUACAAAGUCAAAAACACUUUCAAUUGGCGACGGACGAGAUGGAGAGCGAUCUCUGACCUCCAGCAUUGAUCGCCACGGCUUGAACGGUCCUGAACAACGGCUACGAAAGAGGUACAACAACGGACGAUCUAAUUGUCGAUAAUUUGACGAUAGUCUUUGCGACUUAUUUUUUUCGACGACUUAAAUCGCUCGUGAUACUCUCACACGACGUAUAUACACGACGUCGACGAUUACGUGUUUUUGCCAAAUAUCGUAUUUUUCUUGUCGAUACUUCGAAAUUACUCUUACUAGGACACAAUUAUCACGUAAUUAUAUACACACACAUAUACGUAACUAUAUAGCUGUUCUCUCAAUCGAUAAUAGAUCCUUAUUUUUCUCACUCGUAUACUUGCCCGAGAGACUUGUAGCUUUACUCGCGUUCUUUUACUCGGCAAGUGGACCAUAAUCGGCCAGGGAACAGCCCGAGAUUGCUCCCAAGACGAGCAAAUCUAUUUUUCUCGUACGACAUUUAAUGUCUCCCCCAAUCCAAAAUGAGACAGUCAAUUUUGCAUGUAUGUAUAUAUAUAUAUAUAUAUAUAUAUAUAUAUAUAUAUAUAUACACACACAUAUAUAUUUACGAAAAAUUUUCUGACGUUGCAGAAAAUAUCUCUCGAAAAUAUGAAAAAAAAAAAAAGAAAAAAUGGACCAGUUACGCGUUUGCGUGUACGAAAACGAUGGAAGAUUAUUUAUAGAGGCCAAUCCGAUUGCAAAAUCUGUGCCAAUGAAUUUUGAUGAAACGUUAAUGACAAUGCCAAACAAAGAUUAACUGUCUCAUGUUGGAUGCAAAAGUUCAUAAUCUCCACUCGAAAUGGGUGCUACAACAAGCGGAUCGAUAAUCUGUUAGCUUUAACAAAAUUGGAGGGGAAAAAAAAAAUUAGGGGAUAUAAUUUUAGAGGAGGAAGAAGGGUUAAGUAAACGAAAGGAACAUUCUAUAAACGAUACCAAAAUGUAAAAAGGGAUCAACGUACGAACACCAAUUAGUUGUUAGAGAUAUGCAGUCUAUCGCUAUUAACGUACUAUUACUAUAUAUAACGAUUAUUAUUAUUUUUUUUUUUUUGUCGAAUUGAUAUAAGAUCUAUGUACAUAUGUGUAGAAUUUUUGAGGCGCUUAUCGCUUGAUGAAUUCGCGCAUAUUCUAAAAGAAGACAAGCAGUUUAUAAGUCAAUAUCGAUCGUGCACGCAACGAUUUCUUUCUUUCACGCGUCUUAUUCGGGCCCUUUUACUUAUCAAUAUAUUUCUAUGAUCUCUUUUGAAAUUCUAGUUUAUAUUCUAUUACACUUGUGAAUCAUGUAUCAAACGCGAAUAUGUUAUCAUAUCAUUGUAUCCUCUGUCUUUAUCUCUUUUUAUCUCUCUCUCUCUCUCUCUCUCUCUCUCUCUCUUUCUCUCUUUCUCUCUCUUUUUCUCUGUUAUUAAAAAUUCUCUCUUAUUUAAGAUUGUACAUAUAUACGAACACUCAAUAGUUUGAAUACAUACCUUUUUUAAAUUUUAAUUUAAUUUAUAAUCUUUUAUAAUUUAUAAUUCUUUUAUUAUGAAACUUGACAGAAAAGUUAAAAAAAAGAAAAUAAAAAGUGGAAUCUGAAAUAUUUCUAAAAAAUAAUAAUACGCGAAAAAUAUAAUUAUUAAAAAUAUUUAAAUCUAAUUCAAACCUUUUAAUGCAGAAAAAAUGGAAUUUUUAAAAAUAUUCAGUCCAAUCCUAAUCGAAAUGAAAAAUAUAUAUUAUAAUAUGUACAACUAUUGAGUGUUGGUAUUUCAACAAGUCGUGCACUAUAAAAAGAAUCGACCUCACUUUCGUGAUAGAAAAGAAGCGCGACAUUUAGAACACCCUGCUUACUUUUUAGUACUCCUCUGGGGUACUUGAAAAGAAAUGCCUUUCUCGAUCCGUACCUGUUAUACCAUCGUCGACGAAUAAUUGUCGAAUAAAAAGAGAAUUUAAAAAAAAAGCGAGAGAAUACUUAUAUAUAUAUAUAUAUAUAUAUAUAUAUAUAUAUAUAUAAAAUUGUUGUAGGAUCGUUGUAGGGCAUACAAGAGAAUAUUUUGCGCGUGUAUGAUCGGGUACAUGUCAUACAUACGUAUCGGAAUAACGAAAGAAUAGUUUUAUGCCCGAUAACACGCGCAACGGCAUUGAAAGCGAUUUUGAAUCUUGCAGAGUUUGAUUUUCUACGCCGAACGUAUAAAAAAAAAUGCUUGCGCUUACAUUGUUGUAAUGAUUGAAAGUAAACAUCAUUCUCGUUCGAUGCUCUCGUAGCGUAGAAAUUUUUUACUCGUCAAGAUUGAUACCGGUUUCAAUCUGUUCUGGAAUAGCACUUAGACUCGAGAUUUAAAGGAGAAAACAAAGGGAGGUUAAUAGAAUUCCUCAGAUAUAUAGCGACGCCUUUCGCGGCGGUGAGGACGCUGGCUCAGCUCGCAAAUCUCUGUUUAAGUUUUAGAGCAAUAAAUUAACGACAAUCACAUUUCGGCAUAAGCCAGCGCUCGCACCGCGACUGUUACAUUUCUCUCCCGUCCAUUCCCUUCUAUUCUGUUUCUUUUCUCUUAUUCGCGAUCUCGUUUUCUUGUCUUGAUGAUAAAACAUUGUGUGCACACGAGCAUAUUUUAUUUUCUCGAUGCGGGCGUAUAUUUAUGCAUGGAUGUGUAAAUGAGGCUUUGAAAAUCAAACCGAGACGACUCGUACUGCGCAAGAUAAUUAUCGAGCGUAAAUAAAGCGUAGAUUAUAUUUGGAGAUUCUAUAUAAAAUAAACAUAAUAAUUUAUAUAGACUUUAAAUAUUUUUUUAAAAUAUUUAUUUGUAUAAUACUUUGUAUAAUUUGAAAAAUAUUGUGUGCUUUUAUUUUCUCUUUCUUUCUUUUUCUUUCUCUCUCUCUCUCUCUCUCUCUCUCUCUCUCUCUCUAUUUUGUUUCUACAAUAUAAUCUCUGUUUGAAUUUUUAAUAUUAUUUUAAUAAUAUGAAAUUCUUUUGUACGUAACUUUUAUAAAUAAUAUUUAAUUUCUAAUUUAAUUACUUACGAGUUCUUUCGCCGCUCGUGUACCUAUUCAAAUUAACGACGGUUCUUUCUCCGUCCAUGAAAAAAUAAUCACUAAGAAAACUGUUCGUGUGCACAGAAUCUAAAUCCUUAACGUUCUAUUCUCUCUAUUUGCCUCUUAUAAAAAAAUUUACGAUUUUUCGAAAUUUAUAAAUAGAUAAUUUAUAAAAGGAUCUUGAUAUUCCAUGUUUGUGAUUUCAAAGUUUAUUAUAUUUGAUUGUACUGGACGACAUAUGACAAUGAAUAAGCCUCGUUGUUUUUAUGCCGCAAACUGUUGCUUUUUAAUAAUUUAAAAUUUUUUAAAUUUAUGGUUCCCUUUUUUAAUCUCUAAAAUUACUUAGUUUUCAGAAAUAAAUAAAUCUGAAUUACAUUUACAACAAAAAUACAGAUAUAUAUAUAUAUAUA